AUUUCCUCACCCUCCAGGGCUACUAUAAAGAGAUGGGGAGAUGGCUUCAGAUGCCAGCAGGACACAGGCCCCAGCGAAUACCCAGUCCCAUCCCAGCUUGGCUGACACUCCAACUGGUACUCAGUAUCCAUUUGUCAUCAUGAAGGUCUCCGUGGCUGCCCUUGCUGUCCUGCUUUGCGCCAUGGCUCUCUGUCACCAGGCCUUCCCUGCACCACUUGGCGCUGACACCCCGACCGCCUGCUGCUUCUCCUACGUCAAGCACCAGAUUCCUCGUAAAUUCAUAGUUGAUUAUUUUGAGACCAACGGUCAGUGUUCCCAGCCGGGCGUCAUCUUCCUAACCAAGAAAAACAGGCAGGUCUGUGCUGAUCCCCGCCAGGCCUGGGUGCAAGAGUACAUUUCUGACCUGCAGCAGGAAGCCGAAGGAGCAAAGAGACAGCCGGAGACCCAGUGACCUCCCUGCAACCUCCACAGCCACCUCUCCUAUGGACUAUGCCAAAGGGCCAUACUCUUAACUUAAAUUUUAAUUUAUGUUAUUUAAUAUUUAUAAUUUAUUUUUUUUAUUGAUGCAUUAUGUUUGUGACCAUUUGCUCUGAAGGAUUCCCAGGACACUUUUUUUGCACAUCAUUUUUUGGUGACAGCAGGGUGGUUGUCAUCACCUUAGUUUAGGUAGACAUGGUACCAAAGUCAUCAGACUAGCACAUAGGUUGUGGAUGCUUUUCUUCUGUGACCAUGUCUAGCCCAAUGACAGAAUAAAAAUGCUCAUUCCAAA